CGGCAGCGCAGCGGCUGAUAAAGACGAGCUCAGUCCCGAAAAGGAAACGCACAUUCCCCAAACUGGACAGCGUGUAUAUGAGCAUAUUACUGAGGUUUGGACGCGUGAGUCAGGAUGAAGGCCCGGGAUUGGCUCCUGCUUACCUGCUGCCUCUUCAGUCUGUGCGUAAUUGGAGAGACCUCAGAUGCAGAGAAUCAGCUAUUAAAGGAGCUUUUCUCCUCUUACAAUGUCAAAGUGCGGCCAGCGAAAACACCCGAGAGCAAAGUGGUUGUGAGGAUUGGCAUGACCCUGUCAUCCUUCGUCAGUCUGAACAUGAAAGAUGAAGAGAUGAACACCAUCGUCAUCAUGAACCUGGAGUGGAACGAUCACCGUUUGGCCUGGAAUCCCAAAGAUCAUGAUGGGAUUGACGUACUGCGAAUUCCCUCAGCAAAAGUGUGGCUCCCGGACAUCGUUCUUAUUAACAAUAACGACGGGGUGUUUGAAGUGGCUCUACGCGUUCAUGUUCAGGUAAACAGUAAUGGCAGAGUGACAUGGCACCCUCCUGCCCUUUACCGCAGCUCUUGUGGUGUAAAGGUGACGUACUUUCCGUUUGACUGGCAGAACUGCACCAUGGUGUUCAAGUCAUUCACUUAUGACUCCUCUGAAAUGGAACUUCAUCAUGCUCUCGACGAGAAAGGCAACGAGAUACGAGAGAUAAUCUAUGACACCGGUUUCAGUGAGGGCGGUGAAUGGCAUAUCCGUCACAAGCCUACCAGGAAGAAUGUAAAGAAAGAGGACCUGUAUGAAGACAUCACCUUCUAUCUGAUCAUCGAGCGCAAACCCAUGUACUACGUAUUCAACAUCAUCCUGCCCUGCAUCCUCAUCACGAUCAUCGCCAUCUUCAACUUCUAUCUGCCACCCGACGCUGGAGAGAAGAUGGGUUUGACCAUCAAUGUGCUGCUGACCCUUACUGUCUUUCUGCUCUUGCUGGCUGAUAAAGUUCCUGAGACAUCUCUGGGUGUCCCCAUCAUCGUCAACUACCUGAUGUUCACCAUGGUCCUGGUGACGUGUUCAGUUAUUCUCAGUGUGGUGGUGUUGAAUCUGCACCACCGCUCACCAAGCACCCACCAUAUGCCCCUGUUGGUGCGCAAGAUUUUCAUCCACAUGCUGCCACCAUAUCUGGGUCUCCUGAGGCCGAAGGUGGAGACACCGAUCUCUCUGGAGCGCCCACACAAGAAGGAGAACCACAAAAGCAUCAGCCGGGCAGCAGACGAAUACUUCAUCCGCAAGCCCAACACCUGUGUGCUCUUUCCCAAACCCAACAGGUACCAGCCAGACGGCCUGUGCACUGACCUGCGGAAGUUCAUCGAUGGCCCCAGUCACUACCUGACUCUGCCCCCUGAGCUGAAAUCGGCCGUGGAGGCUAUCUGCUACAUCGCUGAGCAGCUACAAGCUGAGAAAGACUAUGAAGCUUUAAAGGAAGACUGGCAGUAUGUGGCCAUGGUGGUUGAUCGACUGUUCCUCUGGAUCUUUGUCAUCUUCACCACUGUUGGAACAUUAGCCAUUUUUGCUGAUGCUAGUUUCAAUGCUACUCCCACUGACCCCUUCAUGAGUCCUUGAUCCUAGCGGUCAUCGCUCGGACCUUUUGAACUCCACAGCACUAGGCAGUGUGUUACUUACAUACUGCUGGCUAUUGACAUUUACUCACUUGGCAGAUGCUUUUAUAGUAUGCAAAGUGAUCUGCAAGGGAGGCAGUGUACAGCCUACAAAUCUGGAUGUUAAAGAAGCUGACAGUGACACAUAAUAAUAUCAGUACGCACCAAGAACAAUAAUAGAGCGAUGUAAGUAACUGUAAGCAACACAGGUUUUAGACUCACUUCAGUGCUUUUGUGUUGGUUACUGAUAAUGCGUAUUGGAUUACUGUUUCAGCCACGAGAAAUUGUUUCUGUAGAAAUGUAUAUUUUUUUGAUAAAUGUAUGAGCUUGAUGUGUUAAAUAAAGAUAUUUAGGUACGUCAACAAGAAAGCACCAUCUAUUAGUCAGAAUCUGUAUGUAAUCUACUUAUACCUUGUUCUAAUGCAUGUCUUAAUCCAUCAACUAUAUCAACAAAUAGGGGAAUUCUCAAUAGAAACACCAGCGCAUGCACUGAGCUAUGCAGUGAGACAGACAGCAGUUGUUUUGCUGUUUAACUUCAAAGACAGGGUCAAGGAGAGUGGGAGAAUGAAAAGUGGUAGGAUCUUCCAUCUGUUGUUAGUAUGUGAUCUCUGUGGCUGUGUGAGCGAUGUGACCUCCUGAUCUCCAGUAAUACAGCCGGAGGGUACAGUCAAGCGAGGACAUGCAGUGAUACGUUGACUAAUUAGUAGCUAAUAAUGAAUAGAAUGCAAUACUACCAGUUAGAAAGAUGCAAUUCCACACUAGCAUUCACACUGCUGCUGUAAUCAUAAAGACUGUCCUGUGCUCAUCCCAGGACUCUUAUUCACAACAUGUUCACACUGAACAUCUUUUCAGCACACUUAGUAUUGCUUGACAUUAUUUUUCUACAACUGUAUAGUGUAAUGAUUUAUACUAUAAACCAGUGUCUCCAACGUUCCCUUUGAGUCUGGUUCCUAUCAAUGUUUCUUCUUCAGGUUAUCUCAGGGUUUUUUUUUUUUUUUCCUUGCUGCUGUCGCAUCUGACUUGCUCAUUAGGGAUCUAACUGUACAGUACAUCCGGAUUUCUGUAAAGCUGCUUUGCGGCAAUGUCUGUUGUUAAGUGCUCUACAAAUAAAUAUUGAAUUGAAUAAUGAA